GAAUAAAUAAAUAAAAUGUUAAUAACUCCAUGCAAAUAGCUGACUAAGAAAUUAUUCAGUGACCAGUAUUUGGUAACACUAAAUAAAAAAAACUUGUUUAUUCACCAACAAGAACCGUUACACCCUGCCACUGAUGUCAUUCAUGUUUGAGCUGCUCCAGGGAGCCACCAUCUUCACAAAGCUAGAUCUCCAUAAUGCCUACAACCUCGAUGCUCAACACCUACAUCUUUGUCUACCUUGUUGAUAUCCUCAUCUUCUCCCGCUCCCUGGAUGAGCAUAUCCACCACAACAGGUCAGCCCUCCAGUGGUUCCUGCAGACCCAUCUGUAUGUGAAAGCUGAGAAGUGUGAGCUCCAUGUUACCACCACUACCUUCUUGCUCUCGGUUGGUAGUGUAGAGAUGGACCCUGACGGUAUAAGAGCAGUAAGGUACUGGCCAUGACCUGAGACCAGGAGGCAGCUCCAGCAGUGCCUAGGCUUUACUUUAAACCUAUCUCUACCUGUACAUUUGCUCACCUACAAAUUGGGCAGUCUGUCAGAGGUGCCAUGUGCAAGUUCACAUCUAGAUCAGAAAAUGUAGGCUGUAAUUCUGACUUUUAUCUCCUGUUCACAUUUUGCUGUCAAACUGAAAUGUCUUCAGCGUAUUGUAAUAAUAAUAUUAAUAGUUUGGGGUUUAAAAACAGGAAGUAGCAUCAAGCACUGUAACACUUCAAAGGUUUUGAGGUUCCUCAGAUAAAAUAGGAAAGUGAAUAAGAUAAAAAUCUCUUUUAAUAAGCAAAAAGAUUGUCUUUUAGAAAAUGGUCUAUAAAGCUGUUAUUCUGAUGAAUAAUUUAAUUUUAAUAUCAAUAAUACACCACAUGAAGCCCUCACAUGAAGUGCUAUAGAUGCAGAUCAGAGAGUGUUCUUCUGAGACAUGGCUGCAGCAAUUCAUAAAAUGUGUGGAAUUAACAGACAGAAUAUCUAGGAAGAAAGCGCAAUGUUCAGGUGACAGAGGAAUGCUAACAAGCUAAUACUUGCACAUUAAUACUGGUAAUGUAUCCUAAUUUUUAACAUACACAAAGCAGGCAGAUGCAGCUAUGGUUUAAACAUCACUGCUAUUUCAGGGUUGGCUUGAAGUUUCACUUUCGCUUCUGUAACUUGCACAGCAUUUAUAUUUGCAUGACUCAUGCAGAGUGCAGACAAACUUUUAGCAGCGUAAAUAACACUCCUUAUGGAACUAAUGUCACAAGAAGAAAAAAAUCAUAGCAGAGGCCCGCCACUUACUGUUGAGCAGCUGAAGCAAAUAGAGCAGAAGAGACAUGAAGCUUUGAGGAGACUUGCUGCUCGCAAUGAUCCUAUGCCCAUUGGAAAGAGCUGGCACAACCACAUUGGAACUGAAUUCGCCAAACCUUACUUCACUAAGCUGAUGUCUUUUCUCACUGAGGAGAGGAAACAUUUCACUGUCUAUCCAAGUAAAGAUCAAGUCUUCUUUUGGACAAAUGUGUGUGCAUUUGAGGCUGUGAAAGUGGUUAUCCUUGGUCAAGACCCAUAUCCCAGACAAAGUCAAGCUCAUGGUCUGUGUUUCAGUGUGCUGAGGCCUUCACCACCACCUCCAAGUUUGGAAAAUAUAUUCACUGAACUUGCAAUAGAUAUCAAGGACUUUCAACACCCUGGUCAUGGGGACCUGACAGGAUGGGCUAAACAAGGUGUUCUGCUUCUGAACUCUGUCCUGACUGUAAGAAGCAGAGAGCCGGCAUCCCACCAGGGUCAGGGAUGGGAGGAGUUCACUGAUGCUGUGGUUCAGAGCCUAAGUAGGAAUUUAAAAAGCUUGGUCUUCCUACUUUGGGGAUCAUACGCUCAGAGGAAAGGCAAAUUCAUUGAUAGGUCAGAGCAUCAUGUCCUUGAGACAAGCCAUCCCUCACCAUACUCUGCUCACAUGGGCUUUUUUGGAUGCAGACACUUCUCGAAGACUAACAUCUUACUUAAGGCAUCUGGAAAGACACCAAUUGAUUGGAAUGCACUGUGACCAGAGUACUUUUUUUUAGAAAUGCUAAUAGAUGCUUUUAAAUCUUCAUUAUAAUCAUAAAAUUAAAUGUGUCUGAGAUAUUAGAUAUUAGAUCUGUAGAUAUAUAUAAAUGAGACAUGU